UUGCGCAAGAUCCUGAAGGCCCAUUCUCGCAAGAAGGUUGGCAAAGGUGUCGAGCCUCUGGUCCUCCUCAACUAUGUUUUGUUCAUUGAAGAGAUUAUACAAAAUGCGAGUCGCAGGGCGCGAGUUGACGGAGAGAAACUCGCGACGGCCAAGGAUAUCAGAAAAGUCACAAUGGUC